CCCGCUGCGCGUUGCGCGCGGAGGCUCUGGCGCCCGCCGCUGAGCCCUCCAGCCUCUGCGAAUCGCGCCGGCCCGCGUGGGUCCCGGCGGGCGUAAACCCACCAUGCAGCUGCAGUUCCGGAGCUGGAUGCUGGCCGCGCUCACCCUGCUCGUGGUCUUCCUCAUCUUCGCAGACAUCUCCGAGAUCGAAGAAGAAAUCGGGAAUUCUGGAGGCAGAGGUACAAUCAGAUCAGCUGUGAACAGCUUACAUAGCAAAUCUAAUAGAGCCGAAGUUGUAAUAAAUGGCUCCUCAUCUCCAGCUGUCGUUGACAGAAGUAAUGAAAGCAUUAAACACAACAUACAGCCAGCUUCGUCCAAAUGGAGACACAACCAGACGCUCUCUCUGAGGAUCAGGAAGCAAAUUUUAAAGUUCUUGGAUGCUGAGAAGGAUAUUUCCGUCCUCAAGGGGACCCUGAAGCCCGGAGACAUUAUUCAUUACAUCUUUGACCGUGACAGUACAAUGAACGUGUCCCAGAACCUGUACGAGCUCCUCCCCAGAACCUCGCCCCUGAAGAACAAGCACUUCCGGACCUGUGCCAUUGUGGGCAACUCGGGGGUCUUGCUGAACAGUGGUUGCGGGCAGGAGAUUGACACGCACAGCUUCGUCAUCAGGUGCAACCUGGCUCCGGUGCAGGAGUAUGCCCGGGAUGUAGGACUCAAGACCGACCUGGUUACCAUGAACCCCUCGGUCAUCCAGCGGGCCUUCGAGGACUUGGUCAAUGCCACGUGGCGGGAGAAGCUGCUGCAGCGACUGCACAGCCUCAAUGGCAGCAUCCUGUGGAUCCCUGCCUUCAUGGCCAGGGGUGGCAAGGAGCGUGUGGAGUGGGUCAACGAGCUCAUCCUGAAGCACCACGUCAACGUGCGUACUGCGUACCCCUCGCUGCGCCUGCUGCACGCUGUCCGCGGAUACUGGCUGACCAACAAAGUCCACAUCAAAAGACCCACCACCGGCCUCUUGAUGUAUACUCUGGCCACACGUUUCUGCAAUCAGAUCUACCUCUACGGCUUCUGGCCCUUUCCACUGGAUCAGAACCAGAACCCCGUCAAGUACCACUACUAUGACAGCCUCAAAUAUGGCUACACCUCCCAGGCCAGCCCCCACACCAUGCCCUUGGAAUUCAAGGCCCUCAAGAACCUGCACGAGCAGGGGGCAUUGAAACUGACUGUCGGCCGGUGUGACGGGGCCACGUAA